AUGAAAGUAGAGGAAGAGGGAAUCUCACUAAGAGGAACUGUGUUAGACCCAUUAAUUGAAAAGAAGGAAAUUAAAUACAGGGAAAUAAUACUCAAUUAGACGAUUUCUCAAAAAAAGGCGUGUAAUGAAAUCAAUAAUAGCAAAUACUCUAUAUUCACAUUUUUCCCUUUCGUUUUGUUUUAUUAAUUUUAACAUUUCUUUAACUUGUACUUUUUGGGAUUGACUAUUACUUAAUUCAUACCUGCUUUAGAAGUAGGUAAAAUAUAAUGUUUUAUAAUCUUAGGAUUUAUCAUCAAUUAUGUGGGUCCAUUAUCCAUAGUCUUAUGUUUAUCUAUGUUUAAAGAAGCAUAUGAUGACAUUUUGAGACAUUCAAGAGACAGACAAAUAAACAAUCAGCUCUAUUAAAUAUUAACAAUAGAAGGUUUGAUGAAUAAGAAAUCGGGGAACUUGUAAGUGGGACAAAUUGUUUAAGUGAAUAAGGAUGAAAGAAUACCUGCAGACUUAUUGAUAUUGAGAACGGAUGACAAGGAUGGAAAUGCAUUUAUUCGAACAGAUUAAUUGGAUGGAGAGACUGAUUGGAAGUUGAGAAAAUCCGUCAAGUUAACUCAAAACAUGGAUGACAAUUAAUUAACAUCAGUGUCUGGGCUAAUUUAGUUUGAAGAACCCCAUUAAAAUAUCAAUAGUUUUAAGGGUUUAGUAUAAAUAAAUGAAAUGGAUGGGAAACAACUUAGAGAAUCGACUAGUUUAGAAAAUGUUGUUUGGGCUAACAGCGUAUUGGCUGUAGGAUAAAUAUAUGGGAUUGUAAUCUAUAAUGGCAAUGAAGCAAAGAUGAUGAUGAAUCAAAGGAAGGCUUAAACUAAGAAGGGAAUUUUUGAUGUUGAAGUUGACAAGUUAAGUAAGUUAUCCUUUUUUAUUAUGAUUGUUUUGGCUGUUAUAAUAACAUUAUUUAGCAGUCCUCCAAGGGAUUUUAAAUAUGUACUCUAAAUGUACAUGCGCUAUUUGAUUUUAGUUAGUAACAUUAUUCCAGUAAUUUAUUAUAAUAAGUUCAAGAUUUCUAUGAGAGUCAAUUUAGAAUUUGCAAAAAUAGUUUAUUCCGUUAGAAUUAAUAGAGACACAAAAAUUGAGGGCACUAUUACAAGGAAUUCAAAUAUACCUGAAUCUUUAGGUAGAAUUUCGUAUUUAUUAAGUGAUAAAACUGGUAAAUUUAAUUAUUAAUUGAAUGAGGCACUCUCACAUAAAAUGAAAUGAUUUUUAAGAGAUUUUCUUUGGAGAAUGAGAAAUAUACUAUUGAACAAGAAGAUUUGACUAAAAUAAAGUAAAUCCUGUAUGAUUAAUUUAAAUACCCAAAUGAAAAGAGUGGGAAAAUGAGAGAUUUCUUUACAUGUCUAAGUGUUUGUCAUCAUGUUACUCCAGUAGAUGAUGAAUAUGGAAAUCGUACCUACUAAGCUUAGUCUCCUGAUGAAAUUGCAUUAAUUAAAUUCGCUGCACAAUAAGGUUUCUAUAUAUUAUCAAGGGAUGAUAAAGAGAUCAUCAUUCACAUUGAGCAAAAAGAACUAAAAAUAAAGGAAAGAUACUAGAUAUUAAACAGUUUCCCAUUUUCAAGUGAAAAUAAAAGGAUGGGGAUAGUUCUAAAGAACAAUUAAAAUUAGAUUCACUUUUAUGUUAAAGGUGCAGAUGUAGUACUCAAACAGUUAUUACCUGAAAAAUAUUCGAGUUAUAUUGAUGAGGAAACAGAGAAUCUAGCAAGAGUUGGAUUGAGAACACUUGUAUUGGCUCAUAAAAAACUAUCCCAAAAAGAAUAUGAAGAUUGGAAUGAAAAAUAUAUAAAGGCUGCCUAAUUGAUUGAAAAAAGAGAGUAGGAGAUGUAAAAGUUGAUUGAAUAACUUGAAAAACAAUUGGAAUUUAUAGGAAUUACAGGUGUAGAAGAUAAGUUAUAAGAUGUAAUUAAUAAUAUUAGAUAAGGAUGUAUCUCAUACUAUCGAAAACUUGAAGAAUGCAGGAAUCAAUGUUUGGAUGUUAACAGGUGAUAAAAUGGAAACAGCCAUCUGUAUAGCCAUUCUAUCUGGUCUCAAACAUGCUACACAGAAUUUUAUUAUUAUGAAAGAUGUUAUUGAUGAGGUACUUAUCCAAAUAUUAAAUAGAUCUAAAUGUCUCUGAUUUUAUAAAAUUUAGAGGCCAAUUCAAAUAAUGUAUUGGUAAUUGAUGGAACCAGUUUAUAAGAAGCAUUGCAUGGAUUUGAAUAACAAUUUAUGAAAGCAGCUAUGAAUUGUCCCUCAGUAAUUUGUUGUAGGUGUUGUCCUACACAAAAAGCAAUAGUAACCGAACUCCUUAAGAAAUACUCAGGACUUGUUGUAGCAGCAGUGGGGGAUGGAGGAAACGAUGUGGGAAUGAUAUAAUCAAGUGAUGUAGGAAUAGGAAUUGAAGGUAAAGAGGGUAAGCAAGCUGCAUUAGCAUCAGAUUUCUCUAUCUUAAAAUUCAAUUCCUUAAAUCUACUUUUGUUAUGGCAUGGGAGAUUAUCAUACAAAAGGAGUUCUUUGCUCUCUUAAUUUAUUCUUCAUAGAGGUCUUCUGAUUGCCACAGUACAAACUAUAUUUAUGUUUUUGUUCUACUUUCUGUCAAUCAGUUUGUUCUCAGGAUUUUUGAUGUUUGGAUAUUCCACUAUUUUCACGUAUCAUAAUAUUUUUAUAUUUAAGGAUGUUUCCUGUAUUUUGUAUCAUUUAUGAUGAAGAUGUCAAGCAAGAGAUUGCUAUGCGAUUCCCACCUCUCUAUAAGUCAAUCCAACAAGGGAGGUUACUUAAUACAAAGACAUUUCUUAUUUGGAUUUGGAAGGCUGUAUUCCAAGGCUUCAUUAUAAUGAUUUGUUCCAUACUUUUGAUUAAGCAAGCCUUUUUGAGAUUGGAAACUACUGUAUUCACAUGUUUGAUCUUUACAUAAUAUGCUAUGACACUUACAGAAGUACUAAUCAUUCUAAUUUUAUAGUUAGAGUCUCUACAUAUCUAUAUGAUUCUGUCAAACUUGUUGUCUGUAUUGAUCUAUCUUAUGACUUUAUUAUUGUUUCCUGAACAACUAUUAGUAUAGGAUACAAUUGAUGUUCCCUUUUUUGGCUGGGUCAUCUUGAUUUUGUUAAUGAGUUGGUUGCCUUUGUAUAUUUUAAGGAGGAUCUUAAAGUCAGUAGAUCCAUCUGAUUAUGAGAAGCUCAUGGACUAAGUUUAAAGAGAAACAAUUAAUACGAAUUGA